AAAAACACCGAUAGACACAAGCCUUACUGUCGGCCAUGUUGGAAAAAUUCUAUCGUUUCCCUUGAGCUGGAUUAAGUUUUCGGUUUUUUUCAUGUGAAGAAACUCGAAAAAAAUUGAUAAAAUUGCUCGGGUUUGUGAGAAUAGUAGUAGUCGCGUUAGGUUUAUAUGAGGAUACAUUGGAACCAUGCGUUCUGAACGAAUUAUGUACAAAAAUGAAAUUAUAACAGUGCCAUAUGAGAAAGUAUCGAAUUAGUGCAACCUUUUCCUAGUCUAAACUAGAAAAUUUAACGAUAUUACUUAAAUCAAUGUUAAAGUAAAAUGAAAUUAUGAGGAGGAUCAAGAAGCUAGUCUCGGCGUUAAGUGUGUUUUGUUUCGUUGCCUUUUUUCCACAAAGUGCCGACUUUUCGUCGCGUCCUGCUGAGGAAAAUAUUAAAUACGAUCUUGUACAUCGGUGGGUGGAUAAGCUCGGCUUGGAAUUAUGGCACCUGGGGGACUUCAUAACGAGGCGGAAGGAAGUUCAAGAGAGUUUCAAAGAGGCGGAAGUUGUUUCUCGAGUUGGAGCAAAAAUUGUGGAGGACAUGGCAAAUGAUAUUAAAGUUAUGAUGGAUUUAAAAAUCAGCGCUGUCCGGAGAAUCAUGGACACAGCUGAAAACACAGCCAUGUCUCACCAGAAUGAGGAAGUUGACAAAUACUUUGAAUAUUACAAUUCAAAAGAUAUGAUCGAGCCUGGGGAAACACCGCCGACUGAACCACCCAGAGAUCUCGAAGAAAUGGGAGUGCCUCGCAUUGUCCUACCCCCAAAAGAAAUUGUUCUUACGCCAAAUGCACAAUUUUUCAAUAUACCUGUAAAUACUAGUGUGAGUUCUGUACAUGUUCCAACGAAUGUUUUCGAUCGAGCAAACGAAGUAAUUAAGGCAAUAAAGUGGUCGGAAAACCUUGACCGGAUAUUUCGGGACAACUAUCGAAAAGACCCGACUUUGUCUUUUCAGUUUUUUGGUAGUUCGACUGGUUUUAUGCGUCAGUUCCCUGCGUCUAAAUGGUCCUACGACCCGGUUGAUCUCUACGAUUGUCGGUUACGUUCAUGGUAUAUAGAGGCUGCGACAAGUCCCAAGGAUGUUAUCAUCCUGGUGGAUAGUUCAGGUUCUAUGACUGGACAGAGGAAAGAUAUCGCAAAGCAUGUUGUCGGGACAAUCCUAGAUACGUUAGGAACAAAUGACUUUGUGAAUAUCUUCACCUUUGCCGAGGAGAUAGAACCAGUAGUGCCAUGCUUUAAUAAUAUGUUAGUCCAGGCAACCUUAGGAAACAUCCGACAAUUUAAGUUAAGUCUGGAAUCCUUAAACACUCAAUCAAUUGCAAAUUUCUCAGCAGCCCUGACAAGAGCAUUUGAAAUCCUCGAAGAUUAUCGGAAUGAAAGCACAGGCGCGUCUUGCAAUCAGGCGAUAAUGCUAAUUUCCGACGGCGCCCCAUACAAUUACAGGGACAUCUUCGAACAGUUCAACUGGCGAAACUUGCCUUAUAUGCCCGUGCGUGUGUUCACCUACUUGAUUGGUAAGGAAGUGGCCGAUGUAAAGGAAAUUAAGUGGAUGGCCUGUGCAAACCAGGGGUAUUAUGUACACCUCAGUGACCUGGCCGAAGUGCGAGAACAAGUUUUGAAUUACAUCCCUGUGAUGGCUAGACCACUAGUAUUAGGAAGACAUGAUCACCCAGUGAUAUGGUCACAGGUUUACGCAGAUGUUAUAGAUCCAAAAAUGACUGAUUGGCUUUGGGAGGUGAAAGAAUGUGAAGAGCAGAAAGAUCGAUUUCUUAGUGCCCGAAGGAAUAAGUUAUAUUUUUCUGACGCCGAGCGAGAGCGGAGGGAGAUGAGAAAACUUUAUAGGAAUUUGCAGCAAUCCAAGGAAUCGCCCAAAUAUAAUUUUGUGACCACCGUUUCCAUCCCAAUUUAUGAUCGACGGGAAAACGCGAAUAUCACCGAAGAUGUCUUGAUUAAUGAAGCGUACUGGGAAAGAAUAACACGUGAGACUCGCAUUGCGAACCUACUUGGCGUUGCAGGAACAGAUAUUCCUAUAAAGGAAAUCAAAAAGAUGAUGACACCUCAUAUGCUUGGAGUUAAUGGAUAUGCCUUCAUUGUUACUAACAAUGGAUAUAUAUUGGUUCACCCAGACUUAAGGCCCAUAUUCCAAGACAUACUCAAACCAGCAUAUAAUAGCAUAGAUAUGAUGGAAGUGGAAUUACUGGAUGAUGACCGCUCACCCCGGGAUUUCAAUACUAAUCUUGUUAUGAUAAGAGACUCCAUUAUAAAACAAGAAAGUGGCAAUACAUGGAUGAUUACGAAAUCUCAUUAUGAUGACAUGAGGAGAGUAGUAGCCAAGCUGAAACGCCUGUACUACUGGACUCCUAUUCUCAACACUCCAUUUACGCUAGUCAUUACCUUCCCAGAACAAUAUGGAUUGAACCGGCUACAGAUUCGUAGCGACAAUGAAAUCCAUCGAAUCCAUAUCAAGGGUGGUAAUGUUUCAAGUUACUUCAGCGGGCAUUGGAAGAUCCAUCCGGACUGGCUUUACUGUAAAGACAGUAACAGAUCGUUCUCAAGUCCAGAAGCUGAACUGCUUCACUUUUUGGAGAGAAUGAAGGCUCCAGGAUGGAAGUGGCCUCUCAAUAGGACGCCACCACCUCCCGAACAUACUGUGUUCUCUAACUCAAGUUCGGGCCGUGUUUCAUCGAAGCCUGAUAAGGAAUCCUAUUAUUGUGACCGAAAAUUGAUGCAGGCACUGGUUUUCGACGCACGAGUGACAGAGUGGUUCACCAAGAAUCUUAGCCACAGUACAAAGGAGGAUAAAGGUCCAAGUCCCAUAGCGGUUUUAAUGGGAUUGUGGCCAAGGAGUGAAUUUAAGCAACGUUUCGGUAUCACAGUAACUUUUCUGGCUACCCAUAGUGGUCUUACUAGAUGGCAGGAAUUUUACACCAAUAAAGCGGACGAGAUGCGCCCUGAACAUGAGUUUAGUGACAACAAUCGGCGCUCCAUAGACGAGGUCUGGUAUAAAAGAGCGGUAGAACAGCAUUUUACCGAGCCACAAAGUUUCGUUUAUUCAGUACCAUUUAAUAUGGGGGAGGAUCUUUCCGACAUAUUGGUGACAGCCAGCCAUGCUAUUUUCCAUACAGAAGGGGGGAAAAGUGCGCCAGCAGCUGUAGUUGGCUUUCAAUUUCGACAUUCAGCUCUUGUUACGCUUUUCAAAAAUAUUACCAAUUACGUUCACCAUAAGGUUGAUUAUGGCUCAGAUUUUGCUGACAAUUGUGCGGUGGAGUCAACAGCCGACUGUGCAAAAACGAAAACUUGUGCAUCUGAUUCGAUUGACUGUUACAUCCUCGACAAUAAUGGCUACGUGAUCAUUUCACCUAAAUCAUCUGAUACUGGUAAAUUUUUCGGGGAAGUGCGAGGAGACAUAAUGACAAGAUUAGUUCAGGAAGGUGUUUACAAAGAUGUAACCAUAUAUGAUUACCAAGCAAUUUGCUUUGAACCAAAAUUCAACGAUAAUUCUUCAAAUCGACUCCGAUCGCCUUUAAAGCAUUUUCUCACUUUGGUUAAGUGGUUUUGGAGACAGAUCGUUUGGGCCUUUGUAAAUCUCCAGAUUAUCCCAAUAGAAGCCAUGAAUAUGUCCUACAUUGACGACGAAUUCUCAGAUAGACACCCACCGUCCAAAGCCGAAGUACAACAGUUCGAUAGUCGUGUUUUGAUUAAACGAACUCGGCCUCAGUCCUGCGACAAGGAGAUGAAACUCUACACCCUAGACUUGAAUGAAAAUCGGACUGUGUUCACAACAGCAUCAAUGGGUUGCGAGAGACCAUUUGUGAUAAUGCCAAUUCCUGCCAGCAAUCUAUUUCUUCUUGUGGUUGACGCUCUAUGCACAGCAGAUCCUUCUAAAGUACUGACCACAUUGCCAAAGGAAGUCGAUUACAACCAAUCACUUCCAUGUUUUAAGUCGAGGAACCAAAGCUUCUCCAGGAAAAGACCCUUGAGCUGUAUAAACAAACAUGUCAAUGAAAGUUCUAUCGAACUGUGCGGAGACGCCAGUCACGUGUUAGCCAACUACCUUUUGAUAGCUAUCGCGUUAGGUUUAAUCCACUUUUUUAAAUUUAGUCUUUGAAAAUAACGGUCAGCUUAUAAACAACUGCUGUAUAGCUACAACUUAUAAAAUGUAUAUGAGAAACUAUAUAGACAAGGAGCCUGGUCACUGCGACUAGUAUUAUUUAGCUUUUGUAAUACUUAGGUAAAUGCAAAGAAAAUCUUGUUAAAGAACAAAUCUCUCCAUAGCAUUAACUCCUUUAAUUAAUUCCUAUUAAAAUUCUAUUUAACUGUUAACGUCUUACUCAGAGAUUCUAUUAUUUAUUAUUUGUCUCCAUCAUGAAUGUUAUCAUUGUCUUCAGGAUCAUAAUCAAUUAUACACAAAGCAAAGGAACGAAUGCCACAGUUAAAUUUAUAACCGGAUAUGUCUAGUGAUGAAGUACACAAGAAAGUAUUAUAAAUCGUCGUUAAAUAAGAUCUAAGAUCAAUAGUUUUAUGUUGGAAAUCUGUUUCUUUUCUAAGCGGAGAAAUUUCAUGUACCUAACUAAUUCUAAUGCUUGAAUAAAGUGUAAUACGCCAACAAGGUUUACAUCAUUAA